AUGGGAAACGCUCAGGAGCGGCCGUCGGAGACGAUCGACCGCGAGCGGAAACGCCUGGUAGAGACACUGCAGGCGGACUCCGGGCUGCUGCUGGACGCGCUGCUGGCGCGGGGUGUGCUCAACGCGGCGGAGUACGAGGCGCUGGACGCGCUGCCUGAUGCCGAGCGCAGGAUGCGCCGGCUGCUGCUGCUGGUGCAGAGCAAGGGCGAGGCCGCCUGCAACGAGCUGCUGCACUGUGCGCAGCGUACCGCGCGCGCACCCGACCCUGCUUGGGACUGGCAGCACGUGGGCCCUGGCUAUCGGGACCGCAGCUACGACCCUCCGUGCCCUGGCCACUGGACGCCUGAGACAUCCGGCUCGGGGACCACAUGCCCCGGACUGCCCAGACCUUCUGACUGGGAUGGGGCUGGGGGCCCUGAGGGCUCCGAGGCGGUGCAAUCCGGGAUCCCCGAGGAGCCCAAGCAGGAGCUGGAAGCCGAGGCCUCUGAAGAGGCUGAGCCAGAGCCGGAACCCCAAAUGGAUCCGGAAUCUGAACCCGAGCAAGAGCCCGAGCCGGAGCCGGAGCCGGAGCCCGACUGCGAGGCAGCGGAUGAGUCUGAAGUCUUCCGCCUGUUCCUGCCCCCAGUAGUCCAAGGUGCACCCCUAGAGAUUCCAGACCCAGACCCCCAGUGA